AUGCAUUUCUCAAAAAAAUGUUCCGUUUUUAAGGUAGUGCUCAGUGCUCUGCUAAUCGUAGCACUGCUGCAGCUAAUUUACUUAUCAUUUCUGUCAAAACUGCAUGGCAAGCAGCAACACUAUAAGUACUCUGAGCUCUUCGGUAGUUCUGCUAAGAAAAACGCUCUACAGGGAGGAAAGAACGCUAAAAAAGAGCGUCUCAGAUAUUCGCUGUCAACCGGGGGUAUUUUCGAUAGCAGCGGUCAGUACCGCAUUUACAAAAAUUUAAUCAAAAGCGAUUACUCAAUUAAUCAGAAACCAGACGCCAGGUCGAAUCAUUUGGCGCUUGCUACACAUACAACAAUCAACAACCUACAUCACCUGGAUUCUUUGCUGGAGCGCUGGCAAAACCCGCUUUCGGUUGCCAUAUUUGCUCACGGGCAAGAUGUCAAGUUUGCCACAGCGCUCGUCUAUGCUCUUAGUGUCUUUUGCCCACAUAUCCAGGCUCUUGUGGACUUCCAUCUGGUAUGUCACUCAGGGGAGAUGGCUAGCUUCCCAGAACAGGAUCGAGCACACUUCGCAGGUCUAGAAGACUGCCCGGGAGUGUUUGCGAAAUUGGAAUCCCACCGGGACAAAUAUAAAAACUACGCCAUAGGAGGAAACGUCUCGUAUCCCAACAACCUACUCCGUAAUGUCGCUCGUGGAGGAACAGAAGCUGCCUACAUCCUUGUCAUUGAUAUUGAUAUGGUACCCAGUGCUGCUCUACACCAGCAGUUUAUUGCCAUGUUGAUGAGGAGAGAACCUGCUGCCGAUGAAGUCUUCGUUUUACCUGCCUUUGAGAUCAGACACACCCGCAAAAUGCCCGCCACCAAGUCUGAGUUGGUCCAGCUUUACCAGGUGGGUGAGGUAAGGCCUUUUUACGAGGAACUGUGCCCACGAUGCCAAGCUCCCACCAACUACUCACGGUGGGUGAACCUACACAGUACAGGUUCUGGAGCUUUGGAGGUUGCAUACACCCUCACCUGGGUGGAUCCCUGGGAACCGUUCUACAUCGGAGCAAGGUCUGUGCCACUGUAUGACGAGAACUUUCGCCAGUAUGGCUUCAACCGCAUCAGCCAGGCUUGUGAGCUCCAUGUAGCGGGAUACCGGUUCUCCGUCUUGGGCAAUGCCUUUGUGGUGCACAGGGGAUUCAAAGUCCAGGGAGAGUUCCACAGCCGCAAGGACGAGGAGAACCGAAAGAACCGCCUACUGUUCCGCAGCUUCAAGGAGGGGCUGAAGACCAAGUAUCCAAGCUCCCCUCGCCGCUGCUGAGGAACAAGAGAACUGUACCAUUCACCAAGGAGGUUCCACGCUUCAUCCAAGAACCACAGUUAUCGGGACCAGUGUCAAAGUCCAUAUCGGUACUGGCACAUUGG